AUGAUCCGAAAACAAGCCAGGGAACGUCGCGACUACUUGUACCGCCGCGCUUUGACCCUGCGCGAUGCCGAGCUCGCCUCGAAAAGAGCAGCGCUGAAAGCUUCCCUCGCCAGCGGCAAGCCGCUGUCUAAAGAUGUCGCCGAGGACCAGACCCUGCGACAGGAUUACAAGUACGAUGAGAGCAGGGCGGAUAGGACAGCCGAGGAAGAGUUGGGCCUGGACGACGAGUAUGCGCAACUGUCGGGUGUCGUAGACCCGAGGAUAUUGGUCACAACUUCGAGAGAUCCUUCGAGUAGAUUGGGAACUUUUGCCAAAGAAAUCAGGUUACUGUUACCCACAGCGAUACGAUUGAACCGCGGAAACAUGGUUCUGCCAAACCUCGUCGAGAGCGCAAAAUCAGGUGGACUGAGCGACAUAGUGCUGCUUCACGAGCACAGAGGUACACCCACCGCCUUGACAGUAUCGCAUUUCCCCCAUGGUCCAACGGCCAGCUUCUCAUUACACAACGUAGUCCUUCGCGCCGACAUCCCCAACGCCUCCCGCGGCACAGUCUCCGAAUCCUACCCCCACCUCAUCUUCGAAGGCUUCUCCACCAAGCUAGGAGAACGCUGCGUACAAAUCCUGAAACACCUUUUCCCACCUCGGGAAGCCACAGCCAAGGUCGGAAACCGUGUUGUCACGUUCAAAAACAUCGAGGAUACUAUUGAGGUCCGACAUCACGUCUUUGUCAAGACUGGGUUCCAGUCUGUUGAGCUGGCGGAGGUGGGUCCGAGGAUGAGUAUGAGGUUGUUUGAGAUUAGGGCAGGAACACUGGAUAAUAAGGAGGGGGAUGUGGAGUGGCAUCUCAACCAGUACACAAGGACAGGACGGAAGAAGGAGUACUUGUAA